AUGGAGCGCAUUAAUUACAUCAACGCCUCUUAUUAUCCCAGCUGGCGAAUCUACCGAGGACAGAGUCCGUCGUCGAUGGAUCUCGCCAGGACAACACAUGUAUUUUAUGCAUUUCUCAGAGUCCGAGAGAAUGGCGACAUCUACCAUCUGGACGAAAAAGCGGACCUGGAGUAUCCAGCCGACGGAGUCAACGGUUGUCUCAACGCAUUCACUCUGCUUAAGCGCCAGCAGUUCCCACAUCUCAAACUGAUCGUAUCGAUCGGCGGAGGGAGUGGAAGCCAACCAUUCAAGGAAGUGACGAGCCAUUUGGAUCGUCGUGCUCGGCUAGCCCGAAACCUCCGGCAAUUUGUCGAUCGGUUCGAGCUGAACGGAGUGGAUCGUGAGUUUUUACCGUACAAGAAAAUCUUGAGCGUUAACCGAGCGCUAGUGGACUGGGAACACCCCUCGAACGCUGAAGAGGGCCGAAACUAUGUCCUCGUAUUAGAGGAACUGCGCCGAAGCCUCCCGGCUCCACAAUACUUGCUCACGACUGCUCUGCCGGUGGGCGAGUGGUGCCUCAAGCACAUCGAUGUGGCGAAAGCUGCCAAACAGGUCGAUUUUGUCAAUCUGAUGUGCUAUGAUUUUGCGGGUCCCUGGACUGGGCUUUCCGGGCACCAGAGUCAGCUGUACGCGCCAGCACGCCCGCAUAAUGCCUUCGCCAAGCGAUCUGGCCACGAAGCUGUGAAAUACUUUCUAGUGCGAGGCGUUCCGAGCAAGAAGUUAGUUCUCGGAGUUCCCGUUUACGGGCGCUCGUUCCUGGGCGUUGAUGGGGUUGGCCAGCGAUUUAGCGGCCAUGCCGGUGAAGGAGGCACUUUCGAGUACCGUCAGUUGCCAUUGCCCGGUGCGCAGGUAUUCAUGGAUGCAAAAUUGGGUGCAGCGGGCUCGAUUGGAGGCGAAGGAGGCUUUGUCAGUCAUGAUACACCGGGUACAGUGCAGAUGAAGGCUGAGUAUGUCAGGGCCAACCACCUUGGAGGGCUUUUCUACUGGACGGGUGUUGCUGAUGCUGCCGGACCCGAGAGUCUGGUAAAUGCGGGUUACGAAGUGCUUAGUCGCUCGUGA